GUUCUUGUCAGACAUGGGUUGGAUGUUGAAUGGGAAAUAUAAAAUGUCCUAGCAUCGUCCCUGUGGUUUGAUAUGGAGGCUUGGAUCUUGUGCCAGUAGCCCAUCGGUCAAUUCCCCUGAAGCCAAGCAAUCACCUACUCGAGGUACAUACUUCCUUCUCAGCACCCAGCAUCCAGCAGCAGCUGCAGAUAACAAUGCACUUCACCUAUGGUCUCACGGCGGUGGCCUGCCUUGUAGGCACGGCGCUGGGUCAAGCCAAGGUCAAGUUCAUGCCACUCGGCGACAGUAUCACCGAAAUCACCUGCUGGAGGGCGACUGUAUGGGACAACCUCGUCAGCGCGGGGCUGUCCUCCCGGACCGACUUUGUAGGCUCGUCGACGACCAACCCGCAAAACUGCCAACCGCGAAACGGCAACUGGAACAGGCGGCACGAGGGCCACUCUGGCUACCAGGCGGUCGACAUUGUGCGCAACAACCUCCCCGGCUGGCUGAACCAAAACGUCCCCGACGUGGUCAACUUCAUGCUGGGCACCAACGACGUCAACCUCGGCAACCGGCAGACGUCCGAGAUCCUCAACGCCUACACGGGCAUCGUGCAGCAGCUCAGGGCAAAGAACCCGCGCGUCAAGAUCAUGGUCGACACGGUCCUGCCCCUGCCGUUCAAGCAGGCGCCCAUCACGGCGCUCAACAAUGCCAUCCCGGGCUGGGCUGCGCAGUUGAACACGGCCCAGUCGCCCAUCGUGGUUGUUGAUGUCGCCGCCGGAUACCCGACCUCGGCGCUGAGGGACCAGGUCCACCCCAACGCUGCUGGUGAUGCCAUCAUUGCUGGCAAGAUCACCCCCGUGUUGACGCGCUUGAUCAGGGACGUCAUUGCCGAGAAGGGGCUGUGAAAAGACGGAAAGGGGCAGUGAAUGCCACGAGGGAGGGGGUAGUUGGGCAAAUCAGCUUGAGGGGGAGGGGG